UUAAAUGGCUACUCCCAAUAUCACUUUGAUUGCUGAUGUGGAUGUGCUAAGGGACGAUUUGACUCUAAAAGUUUGUGUCAUCAACUUGUGGAAACAUAUGUCAUUCAAUAACAAGGAUGACAUUUGGUCCAUUGAAUUAAUUUUACUUGAUGAACAGGGGACCAAGAUUCAAGCUACUGUUUGGAAAAAAUUUCUUUAUCGAUUCAAAAAUAUAUUUAAGGAUGGGUCAGCUUUUUAUAUCACAAGUCCAAGUUUUGCAUCACAAAAGCCCGACAGUUUCAAAAUAACUCCUCAAGAUCAGAAACUAACAUUUGUCCAACAAAUUGUUGUCAAAGAAUGUGCAGAAUUUUCUGGAUCUAUAUUUGGAUUUUCAUUUGUUGACUAUCAAACUGUACUGUCGUUGCAACAUCCUGAAGAUUUAUCCGUUGAUGUUAUUGGAUUGGUCGUUGCUAUUACUGAGAUGAUGAAGGAUAAUCCUGAUAGGUCGAGACACAGACUAACCAUUCACAUCCAAGAUGAAAGUGGUUUGCAAGUCCAUGUAAAUUUGUGGGGUGAUUAUGCGUACAAGAUGCAAGAUUACAUAGAUAACAAUCCACCAAAUCAACGUGUCGUUGUUAUAAUUCAGUUUGCAAAGAUUACUGUUUGGAGAGAUCGUCCGAGUGUUAACACCUACUUUACAUCUUCAAAGCUAUUCAUUAACUCUGGUAUCGAUGACAUUAAUCUUUUCAAAAAAAGUUUAGACGGGGAUGAUCAUCCUGAUUCGUUUUCGAAUACGAUUUCAGUCAUUGAAUCUAAACAACUUUCUGAAUUAGAUGAUUUCAUAGUUAAAACUAAGCUGAAGACUAUUGCUGAGAUUUUUGAACCCCUUUCGAAAACCCACUUCGUUAUAGUUGGCUCUAUAAAGGGAAUCUUGCAGAAUGAGAAAUGGUGCUAUCCCGCGUGUACAAACUGCAGUUACAGGGCCUUUCUGGAUAAUGGGGCAGAUGACGACCGAACAGACUCUUUGGACGUUUGUUCCGGCGAAUUCGAAUCUCAAGAUAACAGGCAUUUAAAGGAUGCAAUUUCUGGGACAGAUGACAACAUAACUCCUUCCACUGUUGACAAGAACUCAGUAACAAGCCCAAUGAAUUUUUUGAACACAACACCGGUUUUGAAACGAAAUCUUGAAGAAGUCUUUGAUUUGGACAUUAAUGAAAACUUAUCAUCUUCAAAAACUCCAAAAGUGUCCCUAGAUGGUCCAAGGAAAAAGUUGUUGGAGAUAAAGUUGGAAAAAAGUGGCUGAAUUUGAUUUGGUGUUGAUUUUGAAGACAAUGUCCAUUUUGAAUUUUCAUGAACAAUUUUAAGGGUUUUUUUUUUGCCAUGCUUCUUUUUUUAACUCUCUUGGUUUGAUGUUUCAAUCAUUCUGUUUUUUAAGGUUAAAACUUUUCCAUUAUUUUCUUUUUAAAUGGUUUGUUAUGCUAUAUUGUUAUAGCAUGUUAUGAAUUAAUUUUUUCAUAUAUUUGUGGUUUUAUUUAUGCUUUUCCAUUCUUGGUAGAAAAUGUCUUACUGCAUACU